AUGGACGGUGAGUCUAUGGGUAGCCAGGUCACACAGAAGCCUCGAUUACCAUCCUUCAGCAAUUUCCUUUCGGGCGCUGGCCGUCCAGACUUGAAUUUCGCAACCCCAAGCUCUGGCUCGAAUCGAAACGAUCCAAGACAGCCGCCAUUAAACCAACCAAAUCACAAUCGUUCUCUAGGCCAUCACAUACCCCCGCAAUCCACGUAUGGCGCUCCCGAUCCGAACAUUGCGCAGCAUAUGGAGCAGGUUUCUCGACGGCUAUCAAUCCAGCAAUCGCCUGUACAGCCUUCGUUCUGGCCUCAUUCUAGCCCUGGAUCGCUGGAGAGACACCCACCGUUGCCUCCACAUCUGUCUCAGAUCUCGCCGCCUGAACACGGCUACGGACGUCUCGUAGUCGGGGAGAGGACCAUCCCAGGCAAAGGCGUCUGCUAUAUCUACGAUGAUGGUACCAUGUGCCAGAAGAUCAUCAAUGGCGAUGCUGUGAAUCCAAAAUGGGGCACAACCAAGGCUGGGAAACCAAGAAAGAGGCUUGGCCAAGCGUGCAAUACGUGCAGAGAGAAGAAGAUCAAAUGUGAUCCAAGCGUACCGAAAUGUGCACAGUGUCAGAAGUUUGGUCGAGAAUGCAAGUUCGAGUCAACCAACCGCACCGGUGUCAAGCAGUCUAUGUAUGGACAGUCACCACCCUCUACCAAUCCUUCAGAACACCUCCUGCAAGGUCGUUCUCCACGACGAGGCUCGACUGCGUCAACCGAGCCUUCACUCAAUGACCAAAGCAUAUCAAAGCACAGUGCAAAGUCGUCGAUGCCUGUAGAAAGCCUCUUAUCACCCGCAUCAAUGGAUGAUUCAGCCCAAGACGAGGCGGCAGAUGCUUUGCCACCAACUAAAAAGGCCAGGUUUUCAGCAUCGCCUCGACCUCUCUCGGACGGACACCCAUCAGAUUGUGUAGUGAAUGAAUCAUUGCCAGGCUCAAUAACAUCGCCAGCGUCCGUGGCAAACUUCUCUUGGAAGGUCGACCCAUACAAGCUGGAUCGUGAGUUGACCGUUUAUCUGCUCAGCAAAUACUUUGCUCACAUCGGAUGCACCACCGACUGCACCAUUCCGCGGAAACCCUUCACGCACUGGGUCACCACUUCUUCCAGCAAAUCAUCAGCCGACCUAAUGCUGAUCUAUGCGAUGUUGGCCAUGGGUGCACUCUUCAGCCGAAGACGUGAUCUACAGCCUCAUUACUUGGCGUUUAAUGGUGUUGUGCAAGAGGCAGUGUUGAAGAACGGUGACUGCUUCAGCCUUCAAUUGGUCCACACCAGACUCAUUCUUGCACUGAUCGCGUUCUCACAAGGCCAGUUCAACCGAGCAUUGGAAUACUCUGGGUCAGCUAGGAUCACUUCAUGUGGAUUGAACUACAAUAUGGAGGAGGGAGUCUGUGCAAUUACCAGUCCUGACGAACUGGUGUUUGGAUUCGAUCGAGCAAUGACCAUUGAAUGCAGGAGAAGGACCUUUUGGACAGCAUUCAUUAUGGAGUGUUUCAAUGGAUGCUGCUCACCUGCCAUACGCGCUGUCUAUCGCUCUGAUUGUCAUCUUCGCUUGCCAUGUGAGCAGGUGCCUUUCGAGAAGGGAAUCAUCCCUCUGAUUGCAUACGAUCUAGACUCUCACGCUAAUAGCAGUCGGGCCGCGACAAGAUCAGGGUCAGGAGGCAACGUCGGCCUUCUUGGAUACAUGGUGGAGAUGGCAACUAUCUUCAAUGAAGUUGUGAGUAGAAUCAGUCGGUCGAAGACUCAGUCAGUGGAGGGCUACAACGGAUUGUUGAAGGCAUUCUGCCACAACAUCAUGGCCCGUCUGGAGACAUGGGAAAGAUCCAUUACGAAGUCCGUUUCCGGAGCUGAAGGCGAUACAGAAAUCAACACACAAGAACCGGUUAGUGGGCCUCUUAUUCUCUAUCACUAUACUGCGAUGCUUCUCUAUCGGCACGUUCGCCACGCAAACAUGGACCAGCAAACAGUCGUCGUUCAUAUCAGGGAGGCUUACAGGCAUGCACAAAGCAUCCUAGAAAACGUGCAGCUUGUGAGCAACGAGGAAAGGAAAGAUGCUCCGAUGGUGAAGCUUGCACUUACCAGCCCUGUGACAGGAUUUGCCAUCAUAGCGGCAUUGGACACCAUUACCGCAGCAGGCACUUUGUACGAUCUCAUGGACGGUGGAGGCCGGGUGAUGUCUUCCGUCUCGAUCGGUCUUGAAGCUCUCGAGCGCCUGACGGACUACUGGCAUAGUGCACGCCUGCAACGCGAGGUAACUAAGGAGAGGCUGAAAGUGUUGCUCAACGCAACGAAGCGAGCAUCUGAUUUCAACGGGGCAUAUUAUUUCGGCGAACCCAUGCAUAGCCUCUUUGGGCCAGAGUUGGACGUUGUGUAUGGAUGUACGCGCAUGCGCUAUUUCCAAGCAUUAGGGUGGGUGGAUAGAAUUCACAGCGAUGGGGAUUUCCAUCAGCUCGAUGGGCAGCAGGCGGCGGCGGCGGCGGCAGCAGCGAUCAGUGCGACGACAUGA